AUGGCGGGGACGGGCGGGGCGGUGCUACCCGCUGCCCCCCGCCUCGGCCAAUCAGGCAGCAGCGCGGGGCGCGCGCCGGCCCCGCCCCAGGCCCCGCCCACUGCCGCGCCCGCGCCGGGCGGAGGCGAGCGCGGGGCGGAGGCGAGCGCGGGGCGGAGGCGAGCGCGGGGCGGAGGCGAGCGGAGGCGGGCGCGGGGCGGAGGCGGGCGCGGGGCGGAGGCGAGCGGAGGCGAGCGCGGGGCGGAGGCGGGCGCGGGGCGGAGGCGAGCGGAGGCGGGCGCGGGGCGGAGGCGGGCGCGGGGCGGAGGCGAGCGCGGGGCGGAGGCGAGCGGAGGCGGGCGCGGGGCGGAGGCGAGCGCGGGGCGGAGGCGAGCGCGGGGCGGAGGCGAGCGCCGGGCGGAGGCGAGCGCGGGGCGGAGGCGGGCGCGGGGCGGAGGCGAGCGCGGGGCGGAGGCGGGCGGAGGCGGGCGCGGGGCGGAGGCGGGCGGAGGCGGGCGCGGGGCGGAGGCGGGCGGAGGCGAGCGCGGGGCGGAGGCGAGCGCGGGGCGGAGGCGAGCGGAGGCGGGCGGAGGCGAGCGCGGGGCGGAGGCGAGCGCGGGGCGGAGGCGGGCGGAGGCGGGCGGAGGCGAGCGCGGGGCGGAGGCGAGCGCGGGGCGGAGGCGGGCGGAGGCGGGCGGAGGCGAGCGCGGGGCGGAGGCGAGCGCGGGGCGGAGGCGAGCGCGGGGCGGAGGCGAGCGCGGGGCGGAGGCGAGCGCGGGGCGGAGGCGAGCGCGGGGCGGAGGCGAGCGGAGGCGCUCCCGGGCCGCCGGGUCUGCUGAGGCCGGGGGGAGGGCGAGGGAGGUUGGUGAGAAGCUGCCUUAG